AUGUUCAGUCAAUGUUGCAUUUUGUUUCUUUUUCUCUUCAGUGUUGUAUAUGCUUCAUACCCCGCGCCUGGAGCGUGCAUUGGUUCGUGUUGGGCUCACGAUCCCGCUUUGAUCCGUCGACAAGAUGGCACCUGGUUCCGUUUCAACACUGGUGGCUGUAUCGGCAUUUGGAAAUCGCGUUCACUGAGUGGGCCUUGGGUGAAUGUCGGUGAAGCCUUAAAAGGCGGGUCCAUAAUCCCUAUCGAGGGAAACAAAUCUCUAUGGGCACCCGAUGUUCAUCUCAUUGAAUCAAAAUAUUAUAUGACCUAUUCUGUAUCGAUCUUCGGGACAAGGAAUUCAGCGAUUGGGGUUGCUACAAGUCCAGAUAUGGAACCAGGAUCGUGGACAGACCUUGGCUCAACUGGUUUACAGUCUUCACAAAGCACGCCGUAUAAUGCAAUCGACUCCAAUUUGAUCAAAUCCGGGGAUCAUUUCUUGAUGAACUUUGGUUCUUUUGGUGGUGGUAUCUUUCAAGUCCCAAUGUCAGAUCUUCCAACGAAAAUUGAUACCCAUGAAAAAAUCAAUAAGUUAGCUUACAAUGCCACUGGGAGGCAUUCCGGAGAAGGUUCAUAUAUGUUUCAUCGCCAUGGAUUUUACUACCUCUUGUACUCUGCUGGUACAUGUUGUGGUUAUAAAGACAAGAUGCCUUCCCGCGGUGAAGAAUACCAGAUUGUAAUGUGUCGCAGUAGAUCUCCGAGCUCAGGAUUUGUUAACAUGGACGGCACUGACUGUACUCAGAGCGGAGGAUCGACUCUCUUAGCUAGUCAUGACGACGUGUAUGGACCGGGUGGACAAGGUGUUACAACUACGGAAUCUGGGGAUCUACUGCUCUACUACCACUAUGCAAACCGAACGUUAGGAAUGGCGGAUGGCGAUUAUGUAUUUGGUUAUAAUUACCUUAAAUUCCGGGAUGGAUGGCCAUACGUGACAUCUGCUCAUGAAGAAAGGACAGCGUCCACUGAAAAAACAAGACGAAAAUGA